GUCGUCCUGCGACGACUGAUCCCACAAGUGUCCAGUCACUCCGGCAGCAAUGGCGAGAUCGCGGGCUUCUAGCAGGCGGCUGCUUCUGGCGUUGUGCCUGGGUGCCGCGCUCGUGGCGACUGUGGCCGCGGGAGGCUACGGAGGCGGAGGGCACGGGGGCGGCGGGGGCGGAGGACACGGCGGCUACGGAGGCGGCGGCCACGGAGGCGGUGGUGGCGGCCACGGCGGCGGUGGUGGUGGUCACGGGGGUGGCGGAGGUGGCCACGGAGGCUACGGGGGCGGCGGUCACGGAGGCGGCGGCGGCGGUCACGGAGGUUAUGGAGGCGGUGGGCACGGAGGCGGUGGCGGUGGACACGGAGGCGGCGGUGGUGGACACGGAGGCUACGGAGGCGGUGGUCACGGAGGUGGUGGCGGUGGACACGGAGGCUACGGAGGCGGUGGUCACGGAGGCGGUGGCGGUGGACACGGAGGCUACGGAGGCGGUGGUCACGGAGGUGGUGGUGGUGGACACGGAGGCGGUGGUGGUGGACACGGAGGCGGCGGUGGUGGACACGGAGGCUACGGAGGCGGUGGUCACGGAGGCGGUGGCGGUGGACACGGAGGUCACGGAGGCGGCGGCGGCGGCCAUGGAGGCGGUGGUGGUGGUGGUCAUGGUGGUCACUAUGGCCGCUAAGUAUCACUCUUCCUCUCUACUCAGCCAUCUCUUACUUUCGGACGCUAAAAAUUCCCACUUCUGUACCGUCUGGACAUUGACUGAGUCAAAAUUUUUAUAUCUUCUUCAAUAAAAUGUCACUUAAACUGUA